AUGGCGCGGCAACCGUCCUCCACUAUCGCUCGGAAUAGUAACGCUUCUUCGUCCUCGGGCGACCCACUGCCUUGGCCCCAAAUUGCCAGCCAGAUGGCUUCCCUUCCACCUACAAGUACUUCUCAGAGAUCACAGAAUACUUUCCUUAUGCCACCGAGUCCGAGUGGUAGUGGUGAUCGUCGCGGGAGUGCGGACUACCGCCCGAGCAUCCGCAAGGCACUGGGCCAUGUGCCGGCGUGCCUGGUCAAUGCGUCGGUGACGUAUUGCAAUAAUGACCAGAUCUACGCUUUCGGUGGCUUCGACCAGUACACCGAUGAAGUCUAUAACCAUGUUCUCCGCUUGAAUCUGAGUACACUUCGCUGGGAAUUGGUUGAUAACUAUGGGGAUAUUCCCGGUGUUCGCAUGGGUCAUACGGCUACCCUGUACCAAGGCGACAAGUUGAUUGUUUUCGGUGGAGAAAACGAGCACCGCGAGUACCUUUCCGAUGUUGUCAUUCUCGACAUCCCCACCUCGAACUGGACCCAGCCGGAAAUCCGUGGACCAAUCCCGCGAGGAAGGGCUCGCCAUGCUGCGGUGAUUUAUGACGAGAAGCUAUUCAUCAUUGGGGGCGUGACGGGCGAAAACAACGUCAUUCUCGAUGAGCUCUGCUACUUGGAUCUGAAAACUUGGACCUGGUCUCGUACUUGGGCGUUCACCGCCCGCUUCGACCAUACUGCCUGGGUCUGGGGCGGCCGUCUCUGGAUCUUUGGAGGCCUGGACCCCAACAUGGAACGGACAACGGAUAUCUGGUGGCUGGACCUCAAAGACAUGCAAUCUCUUGGAAUGGCGACAUCGCAAGGUACCGUGGAAUCCCCAACGACCGCCAGCAGGAUGACUUAUAGUCCAGACACUAUGUUUAGUAGCCCCCCGCAACAGCUUGCCGGCCGGUCUAGCAACUAUGCAGCAAACUCUGGCAGCGUGCAGAUCCGGACCCAGUCCAGGACCUCGACUCGACGAAAGCCGAAUGCUCCCGGCGCCGUUUCGUGUCUGCGUUUCCAGUCUGGACCCCAUGUUCCCGCCCUUUUCUCUGGAACUCACUUUCAGUCGUACGCAUCAGGAGUUCUCCUUGACCUAAUCACGCCCUCCGAGACCGUCCGCACGUAUGAAUGCAACCUGUCCUCGUUGGAACUUGACUCGCUGCGCUGGCAGCGACUCGCCGAUGGCCAAGAGAUCUUCAAGCCUGGAUUUAGAUGGCACUACUGCACCGUCAAUGCCAGCGGUACCAAAGCUUGGCUGCUUGGCUGUAGCCUCGACGCCGGAGCUAACCCAGGGACUAGCGAUGAGAACCACAUGAGCGAAGUGCUUUGCAUCGAUCUAGAAAGAUACGGUUUGCUGGGCAAUGAAAUGUCUGCCUUUUCGCCUAAUCCAAGCAGAAUGCACAUGGAUGACCAGACCGGACCCAUGCCCCUAUCUGGUAUAGGCCAUGAUCUCGCCGCCGUGUUCGAUCAAACGCCCGAGUCUGGUAGUGGAGCUGACUUUGUCAUUACUGCUAACCCCACCGAUCACCUCGAAAUGGAUGAUGCUUCGGAAGACAACUCUGAUCCACAGGCUGAACCUGCGUUUCUCUCGCCCAACGCGGCCACCUCUCCACCCAUUCAUGUGCACCGGAUCAUCUUGCAGCUGCGGUGGCCGCACUUCAAGAGACUCUACUCCGCCCAAAUGGCCGAGUACCACUCGAAGCGGAUGCACAUCCCUGAGCCCUACUCGGUUGUUCGUGCCUUCAUAUACUACCUGUAUACUGAUAGCAUUGCGGGGCACCCGGAGUAUUGUUCUGACAUCAUCGACGUAGCCGGGAUGCUGGUGAUGGCUAACCUGUACGACAUGCCCAAGCUGCGCCUGCUAUGUGUCAACCGCUUGAGUCGAGAGCUCGAUGUGGAAAACGCAGCGAUCAUUUGGGAGCGGGCGGGUCGAACGAACGAGUCAUGGCUGAUGCGGCGUGCGGCUCAGUUCUGUCUCAGCCACUGGGGUCGCGUUGUCCGUACUGACGGGUUCAAGUCUCUCAGUCGUCAGAGCAUCAUCGAUCUCUGCGAAGUGGUUGAUAUGGAGGGUCGCAUUAUCGCGGGGCCGGAAUUGGAGCUGGUUGGGUCGUUGGGCGAGGGGCUACACAAGGACCUGAAGCCAUCCCAGCUGCUGGGUGGUGGGGUUGCCACUGAGAAUGUGGAUGAUCUCGAAGGUGAAGACAUGGACACAAUGGAUAUUAUCUAG